AACCCUCUACGCAGCUAAGAAAGGGAAAGACAAACACCCAGACUCUCAGUAUGCCUGCGCUACGCUGCGCGGCGGCCGCCAAUUGAUCGGGUGACUGUCGAACGGCGAAUGUACUCCAGCCGGAAAGUUAGAAUCUCGCCGCGUUUUAAGAUUUGGAGUCGCGGGAUCUUCGUUUGAUUCGGUUUGCGUGGGCUGGAGUUGGAAUCUGGGGAGAUGUCUGACCUAGACCAGCAGAUUGAGCAGCUGAAGAGGUGCGAACCGCUCAAGGAAUCGGAAGUCAAGUCCCUCUGUCUUAAGGCGAUUGAGAUCCUCGUCGAGGAGGGGAACGUUCAGCGCGUUGAUGCCCCAGUCACUAUUUGUGGUGAUAUUCAUGGGCAGUUUUAUGACAUGAAAGAGCUAUUUAGAGUAGGAGGCGAUUGUCCGAAGACAAAUUACUUAUUUCUUGGUGAUUUUGUUGAUAGAGGAUAUUACUCUGUCGAGACAUUUCUGCUUCUGCUUGCGCUGAAGGUAAGGUAUCCCGACAGGAUAACUCUUAUUCGAGGAAACCAUGAAAGCCGACAAAUAUCACAGGUUUAUGGCUUCUAUGACGAGUGCAUACGGAAGUACGGUAACAGCAAUGUUUGGAGAUAUUGCACUGAAGUCUUUGAUUACCUAAGCCUGGCAGCACUCAUUGAGAACAAGAUAUUCAGUGUCCAUGGAGGUUUGUCUCCUGCAAUUUCGACAUUAGACCAGAUUCGGAUUAUCGACCGGAAGCAAGAAGUUCCUCAUGAUGGUGCCAUGUGUGAUCUCCUUUGGUCGGAUCCAGAAGACACUGUUGAUGGUUGGGGUCUGAGUCCUCGCGGUGCUGGAUUUUUAUUUGGUGGCAGCGCUGUCUCUUCAUUUAAUCAUUCAAACAAUAUCGACUACAUUUGCCGCGCCCAUCAGCUGGUAAUGGAAGGUUAUAAAUGGAUGUUCAAUGAACAGAUAGUUACAGUCUGGUCCGCCCCAAAUUACUGCUACAGAUGUGGAAAUGUAGCUGCCAUUCUUGAGCUAAAUGAAAACCUUGAAAAGGAGUUUCGUGUGUUUGAAGCAGCUCCACAGAUUCAGGACUCAAGAGCAGCACCGGCCAAGAAGCCACCUCCCGAUUACUUUUUAUAGGGAAUGAAAUCAACAUGGUGAACAGAAAGAGUUGUCCUAGAAGAUUGUGGAUCGAGCUCGAUCUUAGUUGUGGUAAGAAUGGUUUUGCACCUAUGAGUUUAAGUCCAAUAUCUUCGGCGGUUGGCCCUGAAUGUAUACAACUUUUUUCCGCGUUGUGUGUUGUGUCAAAACGCUAGUGAACACUUUUUAUGCGUUUGUCAAGAAUGGGAUGCAGAAUUACUGAAUUUGUUGUGAGAAUUUAUAAAUUUUCCAUAAUCUUAUUGAUUUUGUUACAAUCAAAUUUCUGGUAAGUGUUUAUAUUAAGUUGAUUUAAUCAUGUGCAUCUAAAAAGAAAUUUCUGAUUCAAGAUAUGAACAAUUUCCAACUCAUUUCCAUCAGCAAGAAGUAAAAACAGAAGAAAUUGUGCAGUCCAAUCAAGAACCAUACAGCAUAGCAACCAACUAACCUAAUUGAGUGACAGUAAAGAUAAAGAAACGACCAAAUUUAAUAAGAAACAAGGCU